GGCAAUCAACCAUGGUCGAAUACCCACCAGCGGAGAUCAGGAGAUGGAGCUCACCACUGGAGGCAAUUUAAUCUGGCGAAUACAGAGCGUCGAAACCGACUGCAAAAGUUUCUUCUACCGAGAACUAAGAAGUUAAUCCCCGGGUCAGCCUCCUAACGGCGGAUGAAGCCGCAACGAUCGCCGCCGCUUCUGCCCUUCAAUGCCCGUCCAACGUCCAGGCCCACCGCAAGCUAGAUGAGGAUCUGAUGGGGUUCGAUUCUAAUGUACUCGCGUAAGCAGAUCUUUAUUCAGAUUCACUUCUCUUCACCCUCUUCAACACCGGUGUUUCUUCCAUAUAUAUGAGCCCGGCUAUCACCAUCCUGCUCACCGUGACUACUCCCUGGUUGACCUAACAUCCAUGGGACCCCGCACCCUGGGUCCCCUCCACUUGGCGCCUGCUCUUGUUUACCUCUGCUCGCCGGCCCACGAUUUUGGCCGAUUCAACGAUGAAGCCUUCCUCAACGGUGCAGGUGCGUAAGUCGCCGCCGGUCUCCGCUGCACCUCCGCGGAAAAGACGGAAGAGAACGGUCGUUAGCCAAGCGGCCGAUGACUGUUUCACCUGUGCUCGACGAGCAACCCAAUGCGACCGGAGACGGCCGUAUUGCUCCCAAUGCUUGGAAGAUGGUCGCGAUUGCGCAGGCUAUAAGACCACCCUGACUUGGGGAGUCGGGGUGGCUAGCCGGGGAAAGCUUCGAGGACUGUCUUUGCCUGUGACUGGAGCACAACCGGCAGCAGGCUCAUCGCAGCCUCGCGCAAAGGAGGCACCCAAGUCACCACAGUCGCCACAGUCGACAGACUCGGCUGCUUUGGAUUGUUUACCUGCACAUCAGGAAAAGCCAUCUAAAUUAAAACCGUCGGAGACCUCCCAUACACCUUUGGAAUCAACACCAGUUCCUGAAGUGGAUAAACUAGCGGAUCAUAUGCAACCCCAUCCGGGUUCGGUGUCCCCUGAUGCUCAAGCGACCUCCUAUUAUUCGGUGCCCGGUGCGGAAUCAACACCUGUUUUAUCGUGCCAUCACACGACACCGGAUUCGUUCAGGUGGGCAAUGCCAGUUUGGCCCGCCUCGAUACAGUCUUCGAUACCAGUUGCAGACACCAGGGAUGGUUCAGAGAACCAGAAAGAGCUCGUAGAGCGUGUGGAACAGCAUGAUCCGGACGGGACUUCUUCGUGGCUGGCCAACCAUCGUUCGCCAUCGUUAUCUCAGCAGCUAUUAUCACGCUCAAUCGGACGGACACCACGCCUGCGAUUCCUUGUUAGCUAUUAUGCUGAAGUGAUUGUUCCGAUGAUCGUGGCCUUCGACGGUCCCACCAACCCGUUUCGCACAUAUGUUCUCCGAUUGGCUCAGGAUAGCGCAUCGCUUCAAGAGGCUAUCGCAACUCUGUCUCUCUGCAACAUGCGCCAAAGACGGGGAUGGGGCACAAGGUCUACCGAGCGGACGCUGCCCGCACGAAUGUCAUCCCUGGCCCACCAGGCUUUGACCGACGGUUCAUUGGGCGGCCAGUCUGGUAUUGAGGCGCCAGACGCUUCAGCGCGAGAGGAGCAUUUUCAUAGGGGCAUGGCGGUCAAAGCGUUGAAUGCAGAACUAGCUGAUCCGCGCGAACGGCUAUCGGAUUCGGUUCUUGCGACCUUGCUCAUUCUGUGCCUUUUCCAUGGGUGUGAUACGGGAGUCGCGCAUCUCAAGGCUCAAUUUGCUGGCGUGACCAAACUGCUGGCCAUUCGACUGUGCAACGGCACCACCCGUGUGACGGAAGAGUUGAAGUGGUUUAUCCGCAUGUUUACCUGGCUCGACACCAUGACGGCCACUACGAAUGAUCGAGAUAUUCAGCUUCGCGGAGCCUGCCUGGACAUCACCGCGAAAUCGGACGGCGAAUGGGGACUGGAGAAUCUGGCUGGAUGCGAUGCCGGCCUUUUCAAACUCAUUGCGCAGCUUGGUCGUCUCAAUCUCCUCAGUCGAAACCAAGAUAGUCAGGUUCAGCCUGCAUCUUCUGACAUCUAUGUCUCUUCUACCACCGUUCCCCCUCAUAUGGCAUACUAUUGCACGGGCACGCCGGGCCUGCCAUCCGAGUCGUGUAUAUUUCCGAUGCCUGUGCCUCCACAGCCCGGAGAAGCUAGCGCAGCUCCGACUUCUCCCAUAUUCUGGCUCGAUUGGUACUGUCUGCGACAGAAGCUCGAAUCGUGGCGAUUUCCCUUAGAUCGGCGAGAGUCAGUGUCUCCCUAUGCCGGGAAUCACCAGACCUACAGUUCGCCACCGUCAUCUCCUCCGAGCCAGUCGAAAGUGGCACCGCAGCAUUUGGACGAUGUGAUUAACAUUUCUGAGUCGUUUCGCCACUCGGCGAUCCUCUAUAGUGAGCGCCUUGCUCAUCCUGACCUGCCGUCUGGUCACCCUCGUAUCCAGCAUAUUGUGCAACGCACGAUGACUCACAUUCUGGCUGUACAGUGCGAUGCGUAUCUCUUGUGGCCCCUAUUCGUUACGGGUUCUGAGUGCGUGCUGUCUAGCCAUCGGGCGAUCAUCCGCGAGCGGUGUCUGUAUCUUUCCAAGGACUCAGGAUUCAUCAACAAUCUGACGUGUCUGGAGCUAUUGGAGAAGAUCUGGGCGGGAAGUACGGCCGCAUCCGAGUAUCAAGAUCCCUACCCCAGCGGCGCGGCGGCAGGAUCCAGAGACGAGUACGUGAAGCCAAACGCGAUUCGGGCAGGAAAUAUGAACCCGGUCGCCUUGGGCGGCUGGAACGGCCUCUCUGCAGAGGUAUUGGCUUCCACAUCACGCAGGCAGGGAUUUCGGUGGAACCAGGUGAUGCAGAUCAAACGGGCAGAAGGCGAGUACAUGAUCGUGUGACAGGGAUGCCUCUUCCAGCUCUGGAGCUGUCCAUGACGACGAUCAUCCGGGCUGGAGAUCUCGAUUGAAGGGCUAUAUAUAUAUGGCUUGAUGAUAACGGAUCCUUGUAUAGUAUGAUUAUCUGGGUGCUUGGAGAUUCA